GGAGCACGCGCAGAUACCGAGGUUAUAACGAUGUCGUCCAGCGGAGAAAUGGAGUUACCGAGCCGUCUCCCGCUGCUUUUAACCCACGAAGGAGUCCUCCUCCCGGGCUCCACUGUCAGGUUCAGCGUCUAUUCUCCGAGAAAUAUGCAGUUGGUGAAGCACCGGCUUUUAAGGGGGACUUCUUUGAAAAGCACCAUUAUUGGAGUCAUUCCUGACACGAAAGACCCGGAGCAUGAGAUAGAGGAUUUACCCUCGCUGCACAAGGUUGGCACUGCAGGGAUAGCAGUACAGGUUGUGGGUAGUAACUGGCCAAAGCCCCACUACACCCUUCUCAUCACUGGAUUGUGCCGUUUUAGUGUGUCUAGUGUGCUCAAAGAUCGUCCUUUUGUGCUGGCAGAGGUGGAGCAGUUGGAUAAACUGGAGCAGUAUACCAGUCCUGCAUCAGAGGGUGCAGAUGGGGAGCUAGGAGAGUUGUCCCAGAAGUUUCACCAGGCUGCUAUACAGUUGUUAGGUAUGUUGGAUAUGUCUGUUCCCGUGGUUGCCAAGUUUAGGCGUCUUCUGGACAGUCUGCCCAAGGAAACACUUCCAGAUGUGGUAGCAUCGAUGAUCCGUACUUCAAACAAGGAAAAAUUGCAGGUUUUGGAUGCUGUGACCUUGGAAGAAAGAUUCAAAAUGGCUUUACCAAUGCUGACCCGACAAAUCGAAGCACUUAAGCUUCUUCAGAAAACCAGAAAGGGUAAUCCUGACAACGAAAAGAGGGUGUCUUUGGUGCAUAAAGGGUUCCCUGGGCGACAGUUUAAUCUGGAUGAGGAGAAUGAGGAUGAGGACAGUGAUGACACCACAGCACUAGAGAGGAAGAUCUAUGGAGCUAACAUGACUGAGGCAGCACUGAAAGUCUGCAUCAAAGAGCUCAAGAGGCUAAAAAAGAUGCCCCAGUCCAUGCCUGAGUAUGCUCUUACUAGAAAUUACUUGGACUUAAUGGUGGAGUUGCCAUGGAACAAAAACAGCAAAGAUUGCCUGGACAUUAGAGCAGCUCGGACUUUUCUAGACAAUGACCACUAUGCCAUGGACAAGCUGAAGAGACGUGUGCUUGAGUAUCUGGCUGUCCGACAGCUGAAGACCUCACUAAAGGGCCCCAUACUGUGUUUUGUAGGCCCACCGGGUGUUGGUAAGACAAGUGUGGGGCGAUCUAUAGCUCGGACCCUGGGCAGAGAGUUUCACCGCAUUUCUCUUGGAGGAGUGUGUGACCAGUCAGACAUCAGAGGACAUAGACGCACGUAUGUGGGCAGCAUGCCGGGCCGUAUAAUCAAUGGGCUGAAGACAGUAGGAGUGAAUAACCCUGUGUUCCUUUUGGAUGAAGUGGAUAAACUGGGAAAGAGUCUGCAGGGAGACCCUGCUGCGGCACUGCUAGAGGUCCUUGAUCCAGAGCAGAACCAUAGCUUCACAGACCAUUACCUAAAUGUGGCCUUUGACCUCUCUCAAGUCCUCUUCAUUGCCACUGCUAACACCACAGCGACCAUUCCCCCAGCACUGCUCGAUCGAAUGGAGGUCUUGCAGGUAGCAGGGUACACGCAGGAGGAAAAGAUGGAGAUUGCUCAUAGGCACUUGAUCCCAAAGCAGUUGGAAGAGCAUGGACUGACUCCUCAGGAGCUACAUAUCCCACAAUGCACCACUCAGGAAAUUAUCAGCAGGUACACUCGUGAAGCAGGAGUGAGAUCUCUAGAGAGGAAGAUUGGGACCGUGUGUCGUGCAGUGGCUGUGAAAGUGGCUGAGGGUCAAAAUAUCUCCAACAUGGAGAGUCUGACCCCUGAAUGCCAGGGUCAGCAGGCGGCUAAGGAAGCUCCUCCUGAGAUGCCCAUAGUAAUAGACCAUGCUGCCCUCAGAGACAUCCUGGGCCCUCCUGUGUUUGACAUGGAGGUGUCAGAGCGCCUCACUCUGCCAGGUGUAGCCUUAGGUCUGGCCUGGACUCCUAUGGGUGGUGAGAUCAUGUUUGUGGAGGCCAGUCAGACAGAAGGGGAGGGGCAGCUCACUCUCACUGGUCAGCUGGGUGAUGUCAUGAAAGAGUCGGCGCACCUCGCCAUCAGUUGGCUACGGGCUAAUGCAAAGGCCUACCAGCUCACGAACAUUGUAGGGGCUCCAGAUCCACUAGAAGGCUCUGACAUCCACCUCCAUUUCCCUGCUGGAGCAGUCACAAAGGACGGCCCUUCGGCAGGCGUUACUAUAGUGACGUGCCUGGCUUCUCUUUUCAGCGGGAGACUAGUGCGCUCAGAUGUGGCUAUGAGCGGAGAGAUCACCUUGCGAGGGCUGGUGCUGCCGGUGGGUGGCAUCAAAGACAAGGUCCUGGCAGCUUAUCGUGCUGGAGUCAAAUGUGUCAUUCUCCCCAAGCGUAACGAGAAGGACCUGGAGGAUCUACCGGCCAACGUGCGAGCGAAUCUGGACUUCAUCAUGGUCUCAAGCUUGGACCAGGUGCUCAAUAGUGCCUUUGAUGGAGGCUUUCCAGGGACAGCCAGUGCAUGUCCUCAACCCCAGAUACUCAGCAAACUCUAAUUUUUGAGGAAAAUACUAUCUCCAAAUAGAUUUUAGAUUUCAUUGUGCAAUAAGCUACAAUCUUUAGACACUUUGAUAACAACCAAUAACUUAACCAAAAGAAGAAAUGUUAGAUUAACAAAUUAACAAUACAAAAUUUGUAUAACAGAAAAUCACAUGAAACGCUAACAGUAUUUGUUAUCGACGGUGCAUAAGUGUGAAAGUCUUGCUUUUGUAGUGUUUCUUAUUCAGACUUGGGCUGACUUAAUAAGGGCAUACUGUAUGUUAAUCUAACCUAAUUUUCAAGUAGCAGGUCAUUUCACACUUCUGAGACAGAAAGACUGUGUUUUUAUUUAAUAAUAAAAAUAUGGUAAUAUAAACCCUAU